GAUUUUUUGAAGUAUAAUAAGGAUCACCUCCAAAAGUUGCCCUGCAAGAUUUUUGAACCUAUUCCAUUGGGAGAAGGAGCUGGUGUUGGAUGGAUGAAGGGUGCUGAUGUGGUACAAAUACCAGAAGAUUAUACUCUGCUUGACCUGGUUCAGGUCGGACUUAGUUCCAUGCACGCCGCUGUUGGGGUGGUAGUUCGUUUAAGGGAAGAAUUAUCACUUGUGAAGGACGUGCCUAUUCUUAUUGCAGUUGAUCAAUACAACAGUAGGUUCACGUUCAACGAGUAUGAGGAGCCAGUAACUGUUCAGUCUUGCCGACCUAUUCAUGCUAAGGAGCUUGCAACUGUGAAUGCAUUUAGAUCUAUGAUUCACGACAAUAUGAUGGUGGGUGCUUUCUCACAUUCAACUGCCGUAGGGAAGCUGCGUAAAGACUUACCAGGUGUUCCUGCAGAUGCUCGCAUCAACUUCCCACGAUAUAGUGUGGAUGAAGUUGCGGUCGUUUGUCAUUACUACCUUAGACAAAGACUCAUCCAACGUGAGCCAUUUACAGAAGAAAACUGGAAGAAAAUCUAUUAUCUGUCACAUGGAAAUGGCGCACAAAUGAGAUGGCUGGUUCCUUUCAUGCGAUGAGCAGUGUAAACUCACCUCCGAGAGAUAACAUUGAGAUUUUAACAGGGAAAUUAUUGAAUCUGUUAAUGCUCUGCGAUUCUAGUCAUUCUGGCUGCUCUAUUGACCAAAUCUCUGGAGAUAACAGUGAGGUUUUACUUCUGGAAAUUUGCUCUGUAUUCUAGGCUAGUUAUAUAGCCUGUGUUUGUAUGCUUUCAUAUCCAGAACAUUGUCAGCGAUUCAUAUAUAAAUCUUCACACUAGCUAUUCUUCUUUCGUUUUAUUUUACGACUUGUUUUCCU